CACCGCUCUCCCCUCGCCCGCCCCGCACAGCAUGGCCGCACCCAUCACCGCCAGAGACCCAACCGCGGGCACGCCCGACUCCUCGUCAGCACUGUUAUCCUCGCAGCGCGCACUCGGCGUGCUGCCAGACGAUGCACUCACACCCGUGUACGGCAGCAAGGCGCACGUGCUCAACGCUGCGAUACAGAAAAUCGGCAUGGGGAGGUACCAGUGUGGGCUGUUCUGCGUGGCCGGGUUCGGGUGGUUGGCGGAUAGUCUAUGGACGCAGGUUGCGGGAUUGAUAUUACCUGCGGUUAUCCCGGAGCUGAAGCCUGCGCGGAUCGAGUAUUUGGCGCUGGCACAGUACCUAGGCGCAAUGCUCGGCGCCUUCGUCUGGGGCGUCGCAUCGGACAUGAUCGGGCGGCGCACGGUCUUCAACGUGACGCUGCUGAUCACGGGGGUAUUCGGGGUAGCCGCGGGGGGGAUGGAAACGUUCGCUGCGGUGGCGGUCAUGACCGCGCUGUGGAGCGUCGGCGUCGGCGGGAAUAUCCCCGUCGACUCUGCCGUCUUCCUAGAGUUCCUCCCCGGAAGCCAUCAGUGGCUGCUUACCGCUAUGAAUGUUUGGUGGUGUGUCGGGCAGAUAGUUGCGAGCGCGGUUGCGUGGCCGCUGUUGACCAAUUUCUCGUGUCGGGGCGGGGACACGUGUGAGCGCGGCCGGAACAUGGGCUGGCGGUACUUCCUCUUCGCGAUGGGAACGCUGACUCUGGUGCUGUUCCUGCUGCGCUUCUGGGCGUUCAAGCUCUACGAGUCGCCCAAGUACCUGAUGGGACGGGGCAACGAUGUUGCAGCCGCCGAAGUGGUGCAAAAGGUUGCACGGUACAAUGGCGUCGAGUCCGAGUUUGGAGUCGCGGAGCUGUCGGCCGUGGAUACGGCAGCGGGAGGGGCAGGAGGGGCAGGAGGAGUGCAAGGUGAUCUGGGCAUCCUGAGCCAUCUCCGCGCCCUCUUUGCCACAAGGGAGCUGGCCACCAGCACACUGCUCAUAUUGGCGAUCUGGUUCCUAACCGGACUCGGCUUCCCGCUGUACAACGCCUUCCUCCCGUACUUCCUUACGCGCCACGCCGGAACCACUCAGCCCAGCCAGUCGAUAGCAUACCGCAACUACCUGAUAAUUCUGUGCAUGAACAUACCCGGCGGCCUAGUCGCCGCCUUCACAGUGGAGCUCAAGGGGCUGGGGCGGAAGGGAACGAUGAGCAUUGGCGCGUUCAUGACUGGCACAUUCCUCCUCGCCGGGACGACGGCGAGCACGAGUAACCAGCUGUUGGCAUGGAACUGCGUCUAUGGGUUUGCGGGGACGUUGAUGGCCGGGGCGCUGUACGCCUACACGCCUGAGGUAUUCCCGACAAACCACAGAGGCACCGGGUAUGGACUUGCGAUGACGGCGAAUCGUGUGGGCGGCGUGCUGGCGCCCGUGGUGGCAAUGUAUGCGGAUGUCGAUACACCCGUGCCGGUGUAUAUUGCCGGAUCGAUGUUUCUUGUAGCCGGUGUGCUCAUGUUGGUCCUGCCGUUUGAGAGUCGCGGGAAGAGUAGUAUGUGAUUUGACGGAGCUGGGGUGCGCUUGGUGGUGGGCGAGUGAUGAAUGGUGGUGAUGAUUAUGUGAUACCUACCAUGGAAAGAAAAGGAAAGUAAAGAUGAUGUGGUCCCAGAAAACCUACCUACCUAAGCCUUGGCCAGAUUCAAAGGGUACGCGAGAAACCUAGGUUGCAGUACUGGACUUCCCGGCGCCAACCUUCAAUGGCAG